AGUAAAGCACGGUUUGCCAAAAUAGCUAGCGAACCGCGGCUUACAAGAAAUUCUCUCUCCUCUCUCUUUUCUCUUCCUUCCUCUUUCUCUCUCUACACUCAAAUUAACUUCCUCUCUCAUACUCAAAAACCUAAAAAUGGCGGCUUCUUCUGCUACUAGAAAAUCAAGCGGACCAGUCCUUAGAUCUUCCUCACCUUCUGGAAGAUUCUACGGAGGUUCCAGAACUUCAUCUGCUUCAGCUUUCGCUUCGUCAACCUCAAGCAAUUUCACUUCUCGUACCUUCAUUCAACGAUCAGCUUCACCAACGCGCAUCAAUGUCUACUCCACCGGUUCAUCUCGUUCUGCAGCGGUCCGGUUCAAUUCAGGUUCAAUUUCACCGAACCGGUCGAUUUCGGCUCAACCGGUUCGCCGUCAACCGACGACUACAGGUCAGAAGAGGACGUGUAUGUGCUCGCCGACGAAUCAUCCUGGUUCGUUUCGGUGUAGUUUACACAAGAAUUCAGCGAACCGGACCGUUUCGGCUCAGCCGUAUCAAUCGAACCGGCUAUUCGCUCGCCGGUCUGCGAUGACGAACUCGCUUGUGAGAAUUGGAACGGUUGAAGGUGAUUUAGUGAAACGAGCUUUGGCUGCUUUGAUUCGUCCUUCGUCACAUCAACAAAAGAGAAGAGGUGAUUUUCAACCGAGAAAAAGCCGGCUCUCGAAUAUGUCUGCAGCGUAAAAUUUGCAGUGAGUUUAAAAAAGUUUUUUCUUCUUCAAAUUUGGCGGAAUUUCUCAAUUCCCGGCGAAGGAAUGGAGGAGAGAGAAAAUCGCUGACGGAUGAAUUUUUGUGAUUCCGGCGAUCGAAGAUUCCAGAAGAAAAAUUCAACAAGGAUAUGGACAAGAAUGAUGAGAUAUAAUGUGUAUAUAGUAUAGUAUGACAGUAUAAUAUGAUCAAAUUAAGCGAAAUUUUUCGAGAUUUUUGGACAGUAAGAAAGGAGCUUAAUCUAA